AAAGCUGGUUCAAGAAGCAAAGAAAAGAGGCAAAAACUACAGAGAGACCCAGCCAGCCAAAGGAGAAGAACCCCUUUUACCAGCCAGCCAGCAAAAGAAGAGAAGACCCUUUCAAUUAUCUCUCUUUUGCUUUUGCUCUUUUUCUUUCUUGUUUCUCUACCUGGCUUUCCUAUAGAAGGAUGGUGUUGGUGGAAGUGGAGAGAGGUGGUGGGUUCUUUCUGG